AUGGCUAGUGAGGAUAGUUUUCUAGUGCUGGUACAUCACAGAGGGUCGAUUAAGAGGAAAACUCGGUCCGGCGUGAAGUUCACUGAUAAGGAUCCCCUAUGUAUUAUCGUGAGGCCAACAACCACCUACGAUGCUCUCGUUAGCUCUGUGCUGGAGAAGCUUGGUCUGGAAGGAGUUAAACGGGUUAAGAAGUUUUUCUAUCGCAUCCCAAUCACGGUGCUCCAUGAUAUCGUGAAGUACGAUUGUUUCACGAUCGGGAGUGAUGAGGACUUGCAGGUUAUGUUUCUUUGUCGCAGGCAGUUUCCCGAGGUAAGGACACCAGAGUUGUUGGCAAAGUUGGUUGAUGUGGUAUCUAGCUGGGGUGGUUCGAACCGGAAUGCCAAUACUAUUGCCACGGUUGUCGGCUCGAGCUCGAGACCUGCGGUUGCUUCAUCCUCCGUUCCUGUGUAUGAGCCACCGAUGCAGCCUGUUGCCUCCCCAUCGUUUGCCGUUGAUCUGAGCGGCAAUUGUCCCACACCAGCUGGUGUUGGUGAGGGUUUCUUUGAUGAUCUAGAUGACGAUGAUGUCGAGCCGGAUAUGAUCGCUGAUGACAGCGGCGAUGAUCUUGGAACUACUGAUCCGAGAAGGGCUACAGGUGGAUCUAGUUCUGGCACACAGCAGUACCCACCCCAUUUUUCAUCGUUGGACCUGGAUGCCAUGAGGCAGGAUGAAAAUCCUUUGCAGGCCUCUGGAUUUGGCGCUAGAGAUAUGGAAGGGUCUGCCGGUAUGACGGAGUUCCAGGUUGGCCAACAAUUUCAGGAUAAAGAUGAGGCACUCUUGAGUGUGAAGACUUACAGCAUCUGCCGAGGGGUCCAGUACAAGGUCGUUGAGUCUGACUACCGCAUGUAUGUGGGAAAGUGUUCUGAGUUUGGGAAUGGGUGCACAUGGUUGAUUCAGUUGAGUCUCUGA